AUGCGUCUAAGGCUCGCUUCUCUCUCUUUGGCCCUCCUCACGGCUUUGGAUCCUCUCGCGACCGCCGCUCCCGUGGGCACAUCUACCAGUGUAGACCUCUCCACGCGCGGCCAGAUCCCCGCCGACAUUGGCACCACGGCCUGCAAAUACUACUCGGACGUCCCCUUCGUCUGGACCUACGAGGCCCGCAUCCGCGAGCCCUUCAUGACCGUCGACGGUCUCUGUCCCAAGCUGGAGGAGAAGGGCAAGGCGGUCAACCUGAACUGCGGCCUUUUGAUUGUAAAGGAGUGCAAACACGACAUCAAUGAUCCGCAAGUCAAGAAGUGGAAAUUCGAGGUCCGCGCGCAAUGUACUGGGGCUAUGGUAGCCAAGGCUAUAAAGGCUGCUACUGGUCAGAAAUCUGGGAGCUGUGACAUCGUCUACGACAAGAAUAAGUGGCCUUGA